AUGGAUUCCCGUGCGUGGAGCACCAAGUUAGCAGGUAUUGAAUCUGGGAUAUCAGUGAGUCUCGACAUUUCUGGUGCCGUUCCUUUCCUUGGCGGCCUGGAUUUGGACUUUCUCCGGCGCAAGCCCUAUGGAUUGUUGCUGACCAUCGAGCUCGCGCUCACGGUGCUCUGGUGGGUCACCGAGUGGCAGUUCCCGCGCAGAUGCGACGGUCCGGUGAAGAGUAUGCUAUCCCAGUACUUGAUAGCCGUCGCGAUCCCGCUCCUCUUUAUUCUGCUGCACAUCUACCGCGUGCAGCACAAGUUCUUUUGGUUCGAUGACCUCAAUAUCUUCAUGAUUCCGCUGAUGUUCAGCAUGCUCACCUACAAGUGUUUCUAUCUGAUGCUGAUCUGGGCAAUCUAUUGCCGCGUGUUGGACGUCUGGGCAGAUUGGGCAUGCGGUGCCCACUUUCUGCUGCCGUCUUUCGUCAGGAUUAGCACGCUGGCCCUGUUGCUGUACGUGCAGAUGCGCUUCCUCUACAUCGCCUGCAAGUCGAUCGGCUGGGUGGGCGGGUUCCCUCUGAGAUGUUACCAGCUGUGCAUCGCGCGCACCGACGGCUCCGAGAUCUACGACUUCACCGACCCCUCCUUCAUCCAGGCCAACAGCCGCGCCAGACGCUAU